AUGUCACCCAAGAAGCUACCAUUCUACCAAAAAAGACACAAGCAUUAUGACCUGUCUUAUCGCAAUCUUGAGACAAGAUACUUGCUCCAGGAAUAUGCAGCAAGGAGGGCUGCUGCUAGACAGGCCUACCAAACAUCAUACAGCCUAGGCAAAGUAAUAUGUAUACUUUGUGCCCGAAAGCUCCACACCAUAUCUGAAGAGGCAUCGCAGGAAUCCCAGGCAAGGAGUCAGGAGCAAACAUCUCAGCACUGGAGUGAGCAGAGGAGGAUCCGGUAUGUUAAGAGUUUGGCUGCUUUGGAGGAAGAGCUUCAUAUAGCCAGACACCAUGCCAGAGAACAAUUGGAUAAAGUCGACAUUCAGAGGAUGGUAGAGGAAAGAAUGGCUUUGGAAAGGUAUGAGGUUGAAGACAGCAUUAGCCGAGCUCCAGAAUUUUUAGUGCGGCUCAGGACUCAUACUGUAUGGGAAAAGAUGCCUGUCAGGCUCUAUUGUACAGUCCAAGGAUUUCCCACCCCUCUUGUACAAUGGUACAAAAACCACCAACUGAUUACUCCUGCAAGCGACCUUGGAAAGUACACAGUCGAAAGCAAAUAUGGAGUGCAUAUGUUGGAAAUAAACAGGGCUCACUAUGAUGACACUGCUACCUAUACUGCAGUGGCAACAAACAGACAUGGACAAGCCUCAACCAAUGCUGCUGUGAUUGUGAAAAGAUACAGAGGAGAUGAAGAACCAUAUCCUGUUGGAAUAUUUCCCUGUCGCUUGCCACUGCCAGAAGACCUCUGUCUCACCCAUUUUGAUGUUCAGUUUUUGGAGAGGUUUGGAGUCACCUUUGGUGUGGAGGGGGAAACACUUACUUUGAGAUGUAACCUCUUGGUCACACCAGAACUGAAGCAUCUCCAGCCUCGGGUUGAAUGGUACAGAGAUGAUGUGCUAAUAAAAGAAACCAAGUGGACAAAACCAUACUUUAGUGAAGGUCAAGCUGUGCUGUCUUUCCCUCAUUUGCACAAGGAUGACGAAGGUUUAUAUACCCUGCGCAUAAUUUCCAGAGGAGGAGUGAAUGAAUAUAGUGCAUUUCUGUUUGUCAGAGAUGCUGAUGCUCUCGUAAUGGGGGCCCCUGGAGCACCAAUGGAUGUGAAAUGCUGUGAUGCCAACAGAGAUUAUGUUAUUGUUCGUUGGAAACCACCAAAUACAACCCAUGAAGCUCCAGUUAUUGGAUAUUUUGUGGACAGAUGUGAAGUGGGUACUGAAAACUGGGUGCAAUGCAAUGAUGUCCCUGUAAAAAUCUGCAAAUAUCCAGUGACUGGCUUAUUGGAAGGGCAUUCCUACAUUUUCCGAGUGAGAGCUGUCAACCAGGCUGGGAUCAGUCGGCCCUCAAGAAUCUCUGAUGCGGUAGCAGCUCUUGACCCCGGGGACUUGGAGAGUCUACAGAAUAUUCACAUGGAGGGAGGCAGGGACAUUUUACUUCAUCAUGAUGACUUUGAAGGUGAUGUUAAAAUCCCUGGACCUCCCACCAAUGUGCAUGCUUCAGAAACCAGCAGAACAUAUGUUGUUCUCAGUUGGGAUCCACCUGUUCCUCGUGGCAAAGAGCCGUUAUCAUAUUUCAUUGAGAAGUCUGUUGUUGGCAGUGGAACUUGGCAGAGGGUCAACGCUCAAGUGGCAGUCCAAUCCCCUCGUUAUGCAGUGUUUGAUCUUGUGGAAGGGAAAUCCUAUGUUUUCCGAGUUUUGUCAGCCAACAAGCAUGGGAGUAGUGAUCCUUCUGAAAUAACACCACCUAUUCAAGCACAAGAAGCCAUUGUGGUGCCAUCGGCCCCUGGAUCUGUUGUGGCAACAACAAACACAAAAACCUCUGUUAUUGUGAACUGGGACAAGCCAAAACAUGAAGAAGGUCUGAUUGGCUAUUACACUGAUUAUUCUGUGGUAGGAUCAAAUCACUGGGAACCCUGUAACCAUAAGCCAAUCAAGUAUAACAGGUUCACCGUGCAUGGCCUGACAACUGGAGAGAAAUACAUCUUCCGUGUGAAAGCAGCAAAUGCAGUGGGGAUGAGUGAAAAUUCUCAGGAGUCUGACCCUAUCACAGUACAGGCGGCUCUCACUUGCCCAUCCUAUCCUUAUGGUAUCACACUUCUCAACUGUAAUGGCCAUUCCAUGACCAUUGGCUGGAAACUUCCAAGAUAUAGUGGUGGAUCAAAUAUUCUGGGUUAUUACAUAGACAAACGGGAGGCUCAGCACCACAACUGGCAUGAAGUCAACACUUCCCUUGUUAAAGAGAGGAUUUAUAUGGUAGAGGAUUUGCAAGAAAAUGCGCACUAUGAAUUCAGAAUUGCUGCUGCGAAUAUUACUGGCAUAGGGAAGUCAUCUGACCCCAGCAAGCUUUUCAAAUGUGAGGCUUGGAACAUGCCAGAACCAGGUCCUCCCUAUGAUCUUACAUUUAGUGAGAUCAGAGACACCUCCCUUAUAAUACUCUGGAAAGCUCCUAUUUAUAUUGGGAACAGCCCCAUUACUGGAUAUUUUGUCGACUACAAAGAGGAAGAAGCAGCAAAAUGGACCACAUUCAAUGAAAAACCAACACCACAUCAUUACUUAAAGGUCACAGAACUACAUGAAGGCAAAUGCUAUGUGUUUCAAGUUCGCCCAGUGAAUGAUGCUGGUAUAGGCAAGCCGUCAGAAGUUUCUGAAGCUGUCCUGAUACAGGCCAAGCCUGGUACAAAGGAGAUCACUGCAGGUGUGGAUGAGGAAGGCAAUGUUUAUCUUGGCUUUGAGUGCAAAGAAACUUCAGAUGCUUCUCAUUGUACCUGGAGUAAAUUCCAUGAAGAGAUAGAUGAUCCCAAUAAGUUUAAAAUCGAAACCAUUGGAGAUCACUCUAAACUCUCUUUUAAAAAACCUGACAAAGAUGACUUGGGAACUUACUCUGUUGCUGCUAGUGAUACUGAUGGUGUCUCAUCCAGUUUCAUUAUGGAUGAAGAAGAGCUUGAACGUUUGAUGACACUAAGCCGUGAAAUCAAGAAUCCAACAAUCCCUCUGAAGUCUGAAUUAGCCUAUGAGAUUUUGGACAAAGGAGCAGUCCGUUUCUGGCUUCAGGCUGAGAGCAUUUCACCCCAGGCCAGCUAUAGAUUUGUAAUCAAUGAUAGUGAAGUUGUCAACAGUGAUACACACAGGAUUAAGUGUAACCAUGCAACUGGUGUUGUUGAGAUGACUAUGGACCACUUCACUAGUGAAAAUGAAGGCACCUACACCGUUCAGCUUCAAGAUGGAAAAGCCAAGAGUCAGUCUUCUUUAGUUCUCAUUGAUGAUGCUUUUAAGGCUUUUUUGGCUGAGGCCGAGGUGCGGAGAAAGGAAUUCCUGAGGAAACAAGGUCCUCAUUUUCAGGAGCAAUUGCACUGGAAAGUUUCUGAUGAAUGUGAAGUCCUGCUGCUAUGUAAGGUGGCAAAUACAAAGAAGGAGACUGCUUUCCGGUGGUACAGAAAUGAAGCUGGAGUGGAUGUUAAAGAGCCACCUGACCUGCAGAAAGGCAUUUGUUGCCUGACUAUUCCAAAGCUGUCCAAAAAGGACCGGGGUGAAUAUAAGGCAACACUGUCAGAUGACAGAGGCCAUGAUAUUUCUGUCCUUGAUGUAUCAGAGAAAGUAUAUGAUGAUAUAAUCCAGGGAUUGAGUAGAGUCAGUGGUAAAUCAGCUUCUGCUCUGAAGAUCCACUGCAGUACAGAAGGAAUAAGACUGCAGUGUUCCUUGAAAUAUUACAUGGAGGAAAUGAAAUCAAGCUGGUAUCACGAGGAAGCUAAGGUUUCUUCAAGUGAAAAGAUGAGGAUUGGUGGUAGUGAUGAAGUUGCCUGGAUACAGUUAUGUGAGCCUACAGAAAAAGAUAAAGGGAAAUAUACCUUUGAGCUGUUUGAUGGCAAGGAAGCUCACAGGCGGACAACUGAUCUAUCUGGGCAAGCCUUCAAUGAUGCCUAUGCAGAGUUCCAACAGCUCAAGGCGGCGGCUUUUGCUGAGAAGAAUCGUGGUAAAGUAAUUGGUGGUUUGCCGGAUGUUGUGACCAUAAUGGAAGACAAGACCCUGAAUCUGACCUGCACUGUGUUUGGUAAUCCUGACCCUGAAGUGGUCUGGUUUAAGAAUGACAGGGAACUUGAACUGAAUGAUCAUUAUGUAGCUAAAUUGGAGCAAGGGAAGCAUGCCAAGUUGGUAAUUAAGGGGGUGUCAUCAGAAGACUCUGGAAAAUACAGCAUCAGUGUCAAGAACAAAUAUGGAGGGGAGAUAGUAGACGUCACUAUCAGCGUGUACAAGCAUGGUGAAGAGAUGCCUGACGUUAAACCUCUCUCAGGUGAUAGAGUAAGGCCAAUACCUGCCAAGCCAUCUGAAUAA